CCCCUCUCUUUCUCCCUUGUCUCCCUUCGCAAGCCUCUUCCUUACCCUGCGUUCCAUCCUCGUGUUUUCUAUAUUUCCUCCACCACUGAUCUCCGUCUGCUCUCCUCCUGUUCUUCCUUCCUUUUCUUUUCUUGACCAUUAAAUGAAAAAUAUAUAUAUUUAAAAUAUGGUUUUAAACCUUUUCUUCGCUUUUUUAAGCUGAAAAAACCAGCUCUUGUAUUUUCUUUGUGCUUAUCUCUCACACAGUGGUUUUUGUUGGAUGAGGUAAUGGCUGGAUUGGAUCUGAGCACCGCUUCCAGAUACGUCCAUCACCACCUCCCUCACCACCACAACGCCAACUCCAACGACGAGGAGAGCAACAACAACAACAACUACAGCAACAAGAGAACGAGCGGUACGGGCGGGCAUGACCAAUUCGGCGGAGCCGCAGAGCAUGACGCCCCGUCGGUGCCGAAGCAGGGCGGCGGGCCAGGAGACAUGGCGGCCCGGCGUCCCCGGGGCCGCCCGGCGGGCUCCAAGAACAAGCCCAAGCCCCCCGUGAUCAUCACCCGGGAGAGCGCCAACACCCUGCAGGCGCACAUCCUCGAGGUCGGCGCUGGGUGCGACGUCUUCGACUGCAUCGCCGCCUACGCCUGCCGCAGGCAGCGCGGGGUCAGCGUCUUCAGCGGCAGUGGCACUGUCACCAACGUCACCCUCCGCCAGCCCUCCGCGUCCGGCGGCGUCAUCACCCUCCAAGGCCGCUUCGAGAUCUUGUCGCUGUCGGGGUCCUUCCUCCCGCCUCCGGCUCCACCCGGAGCGACCAGCCUCGCCAUCUUCCUCGCCGGGGGCCAGGGGCAGGUGGUGGGCGGGAACGUCGUGGGCGAGCUGUACGCGGCCGGGCCGGUGAUCGUGAUAGCCGCGUCGUUCACCAACGUCGCAUAUGAGCGGCUCCCGCUAGAGGAGGAAGAACCGCUACAGAUGCAAGCCCCAGCCCCGCAAGGAUCAGGAGGAGACGGGGGGAGCGGAGGAAGCGGCGGGGGCAGCGGCAACCCCUUCCCGGACCCUCACUCGUGCUUGCCCUUUCUCAAUCUGCCGCUGCUCAACAUGGCGAAUUGCCAGUUGCCGAUGGAUGGGCACGGCUGGGCGGGCGGCGCAACUGGGCGGUCGCCUUUCUGACAUGCCAUGGUGUAACUGUGAUUCCCACCAAUGCACGGACUAGAAAUGGAGGACGGGGAUAAGUGGAGCUGAUCCAUGACCGGCCGCUGCAGCAAAGCAAAGGUUAGCAAGCAUGUUUGAGGAUUUCCAUGUACAAGUACUCAGCUUGUUUCAUUUCUUGAUCUGUGUUUGAUGAUCCGUUGCUGUAUAUUCUCUUUCUCUUCAUCCUCCCUUCCUCUCUCUCUCUCUCUCUCUCUCUCUCUCUCUCUCUCUCUCCUUCCAAAGACUGUUGUUUGUUGUUGCUCAUGGAAGUAGUCUCCUUUUUAUGAGUGGGUUUGAGGCCACCUACAGGCCCUAUAAAAACACUUCUAUUUCACUGUCA